UCUUCAGUUUGGACUAAAACGAGAAGUGUGUUCAGAGUUGAUGAGUUGUAGAAGAAUGCCUACUGGAACCUCCACAGAAUGCUAGUUGCUUAUCGUAGCGCGGACGGCAAAUCGCGUUUAGAUCGCCGAUGUAAGAAAUACUUUGAACCGUAUCGAUCUAACUUCUCAGUUCUCUAGUUUUUCACAAGUGAUUUGUUUUAACCCGUUGAUAGCGAAGAUCUGACGCGUUUCGUGUCUUGGUUGCCAAGGCUUUUCCGCUAUAACUGGACACACUGACCUCCUCCGUUCGUAAAGGAAGCUGCCUCGGUCGAAGUUCCCCGCAUGAGCGACUUCGGGACGGGGUUUCGGCUGUGGCAGUUCGAGGUCUCAAAGAUGCGGAUGCCCAAAGUAGGAAGAGUAUUUCUCGCGACGUGUGUUGGCUCACUUUUUAUCCUGCUGUUGUACUUUCAGAGCACCUCAAAGCCAGUGGAGUCUACAGGGAACAGCAGCAGACCAGAGAAGGCCAGGAGGAGCCCUCUACAGACCCUCUACAAUGGAGACCAGGUGGCAUUGUCCGCCGCCCAGGCGUCCCUGCGUGGUCGAAGGUCACACCUGGAGGAGGGCUGCCUAAGCCACACCCGGAAGAGGCGUGUCCUGUCGCCCGAGGACCUGCGCCACCUCAUUGUGGAUGACCGUCACGGCCUGCUGUACUGCUACGUCCCCAAGGUGGCCUGCACCAACUGGAAACGUGUCCUCAUGGUGCUCACGGGCGACGGACGCCAGUCCGACCCGCUCGCCAUCCCCGCCAACGAGGCCCACGUGGCGGGAAACCUCCGCACGCUGGCCGAGUUCCCCGUGGCCGAGAUCAACCACCGGCUCCGCUCCUACCUCAAGUUCCUGUUCGUCCGCGACCCCUUCGAGAGGCUGGUGUCGGCCUACCGCAACAAGUUCACGCGGAGCUACAACACAGCCUUCCACAAGCGCUACGGCACCAAGAUCGUGCGCCGGCACCGGGCGGGGGCGCGGCCUGAGGCGCUGGAGAGGGGCGACGACGUGACGUUUGACGAGUUUGUCCGGUACCUGGUGGACCCGCGGACGCAGCGAGAGGAGCCCUUCAACGAGCACUGGGAGAGGGUGCACUCGCUCUGCCACCCCUGCCUCAUCCACUACGAUGUGGUGGGCAAGUACGAGACGCUGGAUUCGGACUCCAGGGCCGUCCUGCAGCUGGCCGGGGUGGACGGGGAGGUGAGGUUCCCCACCUCGGCCAAGAGCACACGGACCAACGGGGACAUGGCAGGCCGCUUCUUCAAAUCCGUCAACCCUUUCUACCAGAAGAAGCUUCUGAAUCUCUAUCGCAUGGACUUCCUGUUGUUUAAUUACUCCACCCCUGACUACCUCAGUGUCAGCUGAGUGGAGGGCCGUUCGGACUCUCGAAACAAGCUUCCCUGCCCCCACCACUGAGAGGGGCGCUGUAUGGAGGAAGAUGGAGAAAGUUUAAAUUCAAGUAGUUUAUUUUAUUUUAUUCUCAGUGCUUCAAAUGCUCAAGACUUCAAGUCUUUAAGAUUGUUGCUGUGUGCUGAGUUAUCGCUGAAGUCCAAAUCAAUUCACGCAUCGAGCGAGUUCAAACUUGAACUCAGGACUUUGACUGUACUGUUCUCUAUUAGCGAGUGAGCCAAGAGUUUAUUUGAAUAUUAUUUAUAGUGCCUUGUCACUGGAAUAUACCAGAGUGUCACAACAUUGCCAUGGUCACCCAAUAAGACCUUCUCUGUGCCUUUUUUUACAUUAUGGAGAUGGGGAACUUAAUGCAUUUCUCGCUUCAGUGAGCCAUGGCCCUGAAGUUCUAUAAGGAGAGAAGCAGGUUCUUCUCUCCCCUGCUACAAGUCCCGUGUCUGGGCAUGGGCCUUGGUCUGGGAACUAGGAUUUCAUCUGGGCAUGGACCAGGACACGGACCUAAGUUAGGAGUUGGACCUGAGUCUUGGUUGAGGCUAAGACCAGGUCUCUCCAGGACUACGAUUAAAAUUAACUUUAUCAUCCCUAAAAGAGUAAGCAUGUGUAACACUGCUUAGGGGAGUGUAUUUAUUAUCAUCAAAGACUGGAGCCAUGGACUCUUCCAGGAUGAAUGGAUGGAUUCAUGAUGGAGAUUAUGAGUUUUUCAGGAAAAGAGAAUCUGUUUUUUUUCCUGCUUGCGUGUAAAUUUAGUGUCUGAGUGUCUUUUCUUGAGCACAGACUGACUAAUGAUGCAAAUGGUAAACAUACAUGCAGUACACACCCAACACUCUUUCUCUCCCUGAUGUCUUUGUAACUCCCUCUCCCUCCCCACACAUACACACCCAAACUCUCUCUUUAUUUCUCUCCCUCUCUCCCUUCAACCCUACACACACAUACACACAGCCAAACUCUCUUUCUCUCUCCCUCCCUCCCUACUCUUCCUUCACCCCCCACGAAAAUCAUCCCUCCCUCAUCCCUCCCUCCCUUUACUCCCCUGCACAGACACAGCCAAACUGUCUUUCUUUUCCAUCCCUCCCUAACUUUACUCCCCCCUCCAGCCCUCACCUUCGCCCAGUGCCACCCCGUCAUCUCCCCCUAGUUUGUACCUGGCCCCAGCCUUGCUGAGUAAACAGCUGCAUAGCUGUGGUCGGGCCUGUGACUAGCUUCCAUCAGUAGCCUCCUUGUCCAGCCGGCGAACAGCCUGCAAGGGGUUAACCUACCAACACCACACACUGCUACAGGUCAGCAUCCACACAGGGUUAUUUUAGGAUUUUUUAGUAGUUUUUCUGUUUCCUUUCUUUAAUUUUUAUUUUUUUAUACCCCCUAAGAGCUCAGAGAUCGUUCUACAUCCUGUAAUUACUGCUAUACAGAAUGUAUGUUUCACACAGAGCCCAAGUACAAUUUUGGAUUGGAGAAGGAAGAUAAUUCGCCACCGUCGGUAGCUAAGAAGAUGCUAGUUGGCGAGGGAGGAUAGUUAGUUAGCUAAGGAGGCCAGAGACGUCCUCAGACUCGCUAAAAAGUGCAAUAGUGUUCCCUCUCGCGCUAUAGGCUAUAGGAUGUUUGUCAUUGGCUUACAGGAAGGAAACAUGGAAGACGAUAUAUCUCUUUGGAGUCUCUUGUCUCUGCAACUUUAGGGAAUAACUCGAGACAGUUGUUUUCUUCUAAGCAACCUUGCACAACAGUUUGUUCAGCUGGUUUGAAUACUAGCUUCAUGGACACCAGAUAUAUUCCACAGUAAUAUAUUGUUCGUGACACUGUCUGUUGUGAGUGAUUGUAACGAUGAACUUGUAGCUUCUCAACUUUCACCUUGCUGCCUGGGAAAGGAAUGUGUUUCUUCUAGAAAAGUGCCUGUCCAGAAGAAGGAACAUCAAUCACGGUGUGUGCGUACCUGCGGCGUGUGCUUACACGCGUGUGUGUAGGGAAACGAUUACAGGGGUUUAAAAAACGGCCAUAAACUGUGAAUUGCGUCCUGUGUAAACAGAUGUCUCACUCAGCAGAAACGUUGAAUCAUUUAAUUAACUCAUGUCCGACUCGAGAAACUGCAUUUCCGGUAGACUCUGUAACGCCCGGUUAAAGACCGGUUCCCGGUUUUCCCGUUCCGGACGAUGCCAUUUAAUGCGAUACCUUUGUACGAACCCUGGUGAGUGUUUUAUUAAACUCUGACAAAGUUCUUAACAAUUCUAGGCUGUGACCGGGCUCACAGCCUCUGUGAAUGUUCGCAUCAUAUCUGUAAAGGCUAUUUAUAAGUGAGCAAUGUGUGGUCUAAUAUGCAAUUGUUUGUUGAGAGCGCCAGGGACCCUAACUGUAUUACUUUUUUAUGUUGGCCCCGCUUGUAGGGUUGGUAAAAGGGAUGUCGAUCCAUCACCGCAAUCGUCCAGACAGGGGCGCCAGAUAUUUCCGAUUAUCUCCCUACGUUACCGAUGUGACCCGACUUUACUUCUACAUUUACAUUUAGUCAUUUAGCAGACGCUCUUAUCCAGAGCGACUUCCAGUAAGUACAGGGACAUUCCCCUGAGGCAAGUAGGGUGAAGUGCCUUGCCCAAGGACACAACGUCAGUUGGCAUGACCAGGAAUCAAACUGGCAACCUUCAGAUGACUAGCCCGAUUCCAUAACCGCUCAGCCACCUGACUUCUAGAAAUGAACAGCAUACCUAUUGAGACUCACUUACGGAGGGGAAAAAAACUGGUACUUCUCCUGAGCGGCCACGUUUCAAUGAGCACUUCUCCGCCUUAGGGAAAGAACGUAAAAGGAAACGAUUGCUUAGUGGGUACAAUCAGUUUGAUGUUUUCUUUAUUAGAAAGGGACUAAACAGAGCCACAGGGAACACUGAGAUGUUUGUUGAACAUCAUUCAGUUCAAUGUAUUAUAUUACACUUGUGUAUGGAAUAAAUGUCCACAGACUUAAACAUGUAGGCUGUUUGGACAAUUGAAGUGGAGAUACGAUUAAAGGUACAAUAACUGUUGUAUGAGCAAGCGAGCUGCUGGCAGUGUGAAUGAGAAAUAUCAUCAUAAGGUUUUAUGUCACGGAACAUGAGUGGGACCAUUGCAAUGUUUCAAAUAAAAGCCUGAGUUUUCUGUGACA